AUGCCGUUGUCGACACAGAUCGCGCGCGUGUCUGACGGUCUGCCGUUGGCGCAGAGCGUGGACGAUGGCAAGACGGAGAACGACCUGUCGGAGCACAAGCAGCAGGCCAAGCUCAUCUUUCGGCGCAUCACACCCUCGUCGGAGCCGCGGUGCAGCAUCGAGAGCGGCAAAUUCACCUUGCACUACCUCAUCUCGCCACCUCCUGCCAUGCCCAACUCGGUGGUGUAUCUGACGAUCGCCGACAAGUCGUACCCACGCAAGCUUGCCUUCUCGUACCUCGACGAGCUGUCCAAGGAGUUUGAGCGCAGCUACGGCAACCAGGUGGAGCAGAGGACGUUGCGACCGUAUGCGUUUGUCAGCUUCGACACCUUCAUGCAGCGUACCAAGCGCCUCUACGAAGACUCGCGCACGGCGCAGUCGGCGGCGUCGUCGAAUCUGGACCGCCUGAACGAGGACCUGCAGGACGUGACGCGCAUCAUGACCAAGAACAUGGAGGACCUGUUGUGGCGCGGAGACAGCCUCGACCAGAUGUCGACCAUGUCGUCGUCUCUGCGCGACGAGUCGCUCAAGUACCGCAAGGCCGCUCGACAGAUCAACCUGGAUGCGCUCUACCGAAAGUGGGCGCCCGUGGGUGCGGUCGAGGGCGAAACGCGCUCGAGCCCGCCCGAGCCCGAGUUGGCUCGGAUUGAACUGCUGCCGGCCGUGCGCUUUGGACCCCUAAAACGAGCGCGUGCAACAGGCAAGCUUCAACUUAGCGAGCAUGCAAAGGUGCCAAAAUCAGUUGCCGUUCGCCAGCCGACCAACACUUCCUCAUUCUCCUGGUCUCUUCACUCUUCCUCGACGCUCUGUGACGACCUUGGCACUGCUAACAUCCCGCAAAAGCAACCGCCAAGGCUGUUACGGAAGCUGUUUGACUCGGUUGACAAGCACAGCUCGCUGCAAGCCUCGGGUCCUUGCCGUUCUCUGUCGGGCUCUCAUUUGGACCACUCUGGCACUUGCUCGCGUCAAGUCUGCGUGGGCGCUUCUGCAUCACUAGUCAAGGCAUCGGCGGAGAGCCGUCCAUCGUCUUUUAAGAUGUCGGUGUCUCCGCUGAUCCCGGGCAACAGCAUCUGGUCCACCAAUGCAUCUUCGGCCAAGCAAGAGCGCAGCGCACAGUCGAUCCUCGGAACCUCCGCCGGUGCGAACCAGGCCAGCCUCGAUGCCAGCGCACACGAGCUCUCCGCCAGUGACCGCGCCGAGGUGAUGCGUGCGGGAGCGCAUCCUCUGCCCUCUAAGCCUGUCGGACCAGCCCGAAGCAAUUCGGCCGUCUCGGUCAAGAGCGCUGACGAGGGCGCGCGGUCGGCGGACUCGGCCAUCGUCAACGCUGCAGCCAAGCCGGGCGUCAUCGGAGGCGCUCGCACCGCCGCCACCACCGGAUCCCUCCGAGGCGCGAAGCACGUCGAUGUGAGCCGCUCAAACAGCCUGGCGGCUUCCGUGCAAAGCUUUCGCACCGCCAAUUCCGGCUCACCACUCCCGAUGCAAUCUCGCGACUACGCCAACAACGCUCUGCACCCGCAGCCACGCGGGCUCAACCCUCUCCAGUCACCAUCCAUUCAGGACAACGGCACCGCUCACUUGCACGACGCCGGCCGUCAUACUGGCUCCGAGUCCGAGUUUGGCACCCCUCGCCUCUUUGUAGACGCACAGCACACCUUUGACCCUGCAUCGGCAUCUUUCAGCCGAUCUCCCUCAACGUCCAGUCACGCUGGCUCCAACCUCAACCUCGGCAGGCCUCGCCCCAACUCGUGGAUGCAUCCAGCGAGCCACGACAAAUCCUUCGAGUCCAACAGGGCGUUCACCCGCGACGCCGCUGAUGCUCAGUCCUCACGACCCGCCAGCAGCCACGGCGAUCGUCGCGACCGUCUUCCCAGCCAAGUCGAUGAUAUGGAUCCUGCCUUUGUCUCAGCGGUGGCCGGUAAGCGCUCCGUGUCAGCGACCUACGGUGCAGGCCCUUUCAACGCUCCGAACCCAGCUGCCAACGACUCGCUUGCUCCUGCAUCUCUGCCCAGCGCUGCAGGACGUGGCUCGCGUUCGGACCGCCAUGCUGGACCUGGGCGUGCAACACCCAACUUGGUGGUGCCCAACUAUAUGAAUCUUUCCGGUGGUCUUCUGUCGCCCACGGCUGCCACGAUCGGCAGUGCGGGCGCUUCCGGUGUCCACUCGCCCAUCGGCAGCCCCCUGUCCGGCUCUGGCUUCCCUAGCCCUUCGCCCAAUCGUUCCGUUUCCGUCGGCAACAUCUUCGACAGGCACUCUGCGCCCACCGACGAUGCGCUCGGUGAGUCGCCACUCAUCAAAGAGAUGCUCGAACGGCUUACGCGCGUCGAGAGCGGUAUGAAGGACUUUUCGCGUCAAAUCUCCGGCAUCUCCCGAAACGUGUCGCUCCUUCUCGAGCGUACAAAGGCAUUGCCACCAGCGAGCCUCGGCUUGCUCGGCACCCCACAGAUGGGCGCUCCGGGCGGUAUGGAGCGAGCCACCUCCCCCCGCAUCGGAGCCAACGGCGGAGGCCAGUUUGGCUUGGGUCCAAACGGCUCGUUCCCGCAGUCGGGUGCGCUGAGUCCCCGUCCUGGCGGCAAUGGUCGCAAUUGGAAUGCGCCCAACAGUCGCAAUGGACAGGACCCUGGCCCCGACCGUCGAUGGAACCAGGCAAAGCCGCCCGCCAAUUAUCGCAAGGAGCAAUCUGGCGUGAGCACCCUUGGUGUCACGUCAGCGCCUGGUCUUGAUGACGGCACAAGCACCAACGGCACGUUGCAGACCGGCACCGGCCACGUCCAGCCCAACGCUAUCGUGUCCAAGUGGGAGCACUUGAACCUCCACCCUGACUUGCUCCGCUCCAUCCUCAAAUAUGGCCUUGGCCCUCCAAACAAGAUCCAGCAGCGCGCCCUGCCUUUCCUCUUGCGCGGCAGCGACAUCAUCGCACAGGCUCCCCCAACCCAGGAACGCAUCGCGUCGUACGUGAUCCCUUCCCUGCAGCUGGUCCUCAACGUGCUCAAUGAGACCGGCGGUCCUGGACAGACCGCUUCGAACCGCGGUCCUGUUGCGCUCAUCGUUUCCACCACGGUGGACCAGGCUACCCAAGCUCAGCGCAUGGCUCUUGGACUGGGCGCGCCGCUGGGCAUCCGCGUGCACAUGGUGGCCGCCAGCAGCAUCGACGUGCAUCAGGAGGCUCAGUCGCUCAUCCAAGCUUGGCCGCACCUCGUGGUGGGAACCCCGCAGAAGAUGAGCGAGCUCUUCACCUACAUGACUAGCAAUGCCUCCGCCCUCAGCGCUCAUGGCAGCGGCCCAGCCGCCUCCGCAAUGAGGCCGAGCGAGGUGCGGCUCGUCGUGCUGGACGAAGUCGACCAGCUCAUCGCCCGAAACCUGGCUGAUCACGUCAGCACCAUGCUUCGUGUUUUGCCUCUGCCCUCCGCACCCGCUGGCUCGGCCGGUGACGCCAGGAUGGCUGGCGCGCUCAGCCCCGGUGUACCUCAGGGCCCUCUGAACGGCGCUUCUUCGCCAUUCGAGCAGGCGACGGACAAUUUCGGCGGCUCAGCCAGCGCUCCCUCGACGAUGGACCGCCAAGUUGCGCUUUUCUCCAACACCGUUCCGCAGGACGUGCUCAACUUUGCGCAGUCGAUCCAUCUGCGCGAGUCGGUGCGCGUGCUCGUCCGACGUGACGGUGCCGGCGGUGCCGGCAGCAGUAUCCUGCAGGCACCUUCCAGCGGCUCUAAUGUCAACGCUCCGAGCAAUCUCGGCUCGGGAAUGCAAGCGCCAGGCCCUCAGCGGGAUGUAUCGCAGCCGUCCAACGCGCUCGGUGCCCAUCCCGUCAACUCGAGCAUGAGCGCAUCGAAAGAUCCUCUGCUUGCCGCCCUCAAGGGGCUGCGACAGUACUACCUCUAUGUGGCCGUCACGUCCAACGGCGGCGGCAUGGGCGCCACCAGUCCGAUCCCAGGCCUCACUCACAACCCCGCGGGCGAGAUGAAACUCGACCUCAUCUCGGAUCUGCUCGAAGACAUCGACUUUGGCCAGACGGUGAUCUACUGCGCCAACAUCGCGAUCCAGGAGGCGCUCAUUUACAAGCUCUCGUCCAAGGGAAUCGAGGCGCUGGGACUGAACCGCGAGAUGAACACGUACACGCGCCAGCAGACGCUGGCCAAGUUCCGUUCGCCUUCGUCGCAGUUUGGCACGCACACCAUGAUUGGCAGCGCUACCUUCGCUCAGCCGGGCGGCUUUGUGGGUGUGGCUGCGGGAAGCAGGACGCGCAAGGCGCUGGUGGUGUGCGACCUCGCAGUGAAUCCAAAGGACGUCCACCAGAUCCCGCUCAUCCUCUUCUACGACAUGCCACGCUCCGUCGAGGAGUACAAGGAGAAGAUCAGCUGUGCUGCUGCCGGAUCACUCGCAAGGCCGAGCGUGUGCGUCAAUGUGGUCACUGCCUCGGGCGGCCCGCGUGGCGACGUCGAGAUGCUCCGCACGCUCGAGUGCCACCUCGGCUGCAAGAUGGCCGAACUCCCCAUGGAUUCCAAGCAGAUCCUCAAUUUUUGA